AUGUUAGUGCUCGUGCUGUAUGGCACAUCACUACUGCGAAAGCUUGAUGAGUCUAGGCGAGAAGUUGAGCAAGAUAAAGACCGUAGGAAUCCGUCCCAAUCGUCACCACCAACUAAAUAUAUGACUAGAGAGAGGAAUGCCCCAAGCAAAGCGCACUACACAGGUCUACGCUACGUGUCUACGUCUCGGCGGAGUUACGACGUCACAAGACGCCCACACAUCCGCCGUAAUAGCACGGUUCACAACCAAGUGUGGCAAACGCCUGAAAGAAUUGACAGUGACACUGGAAGAUGCAUGUUUUCAUUUCAUGCCAAGAGACCAGCUGAUAAGCCCUGGCUCGCCACAGGGUAUAUAAAGAAUCUCAGGUCACAGAUAGAGAUUCUCGAAAUCACCAGAGUAAAGUAUGAGAUUCGUUGGAAGAACAAGCCAGGGCUAUAA